UCUCUACUCACCUUCCUACCGAUCUCUCUCACUAUCCAUCUCUCCUGUUACCUAGAUUCUCAAAUUCUCAAUAUCAAUCCAUCUUCUAUCUUUUAACCGCCACCAUGCUUUUCCGUAUCUUCUUUCUUCUCUCUUUCAUCAUCUUUGGAGUCCUGGCAGCUCCUACUCCUGGCAACGAGCCCAAGGAGCCUGAAAUUCCCGACGAAUUGGAAAUUGGCGUGAGCAAUCUUGACCUGGCUGAAGAGUUCGUGAAGAUCACCAAGGUCCUCGGCGCUGUCAAUGUGAACCACUGCCCGCUCGACAAUAUCAAGCUGCCUCUUGACCGCACCAACCCUGCUCUCCCCAACCCGGCUCCUGGUCUCAAGUUGAAAUACGUCGCUAUCGGUCGUGGCACCCAGAACUACACUUGCAAUGCCACCGACGCGUCUACCACUCCCAAUGCUGUGGGCGCCGUUGCCACCCUCUACGACGCGUCUUGCAUUGUGCACCGAAACCCUGAGCUCCUUCACGCGCUUACCGGCCCGUUCUCGCACUUCAUUCCCGGCGUGAUCCACUUCGUCUCUGCCAUCUUCAGUCGCUUAAUCCACUCUUCUACUGAUACUGUGGUGCUUGGAGAGCACUACUUCGAGGGAAAGACUCCCUUCUUUGACAUGAGGUUGGGCGGCUAUCCCGACUGGGUUGGUACGAAGAAGGUCGCCAGUGCCGAUGCACCCACCAAGGGCAACGACGUGCCUUGGCUAAAGCUUGAGUCUACUAACUCUUCUGGAAUCCACGACGUCUAUCGCAUCUACACCGCCGGAGGAAAAGCCCCUGCCAACUGCCAGGGCCAGAACCCCUACUUCGUUGUCGACUAUGCGGCCGAAUACUGGUUCUACGGCAAUUGAGCCUUGUUUUUCUUUUGUGAUUUUCUCUGUUGACCUGAACUGAUCUUGGGAAGACUGCGUUUCCUUUGUGGUACAUUUAGUGGUCAUCUCAUGCGUUCAUAUGAUUUUUUUCGCACCCAUGCACUGAAGUGCUUGAUCAUG